AUGGCGCAUCGCAGUCGGGCCACCGUCGACCCCUCCUCCGAUCAGGAGGAACGCGUCGACUUCCUCGACGACGACUGUGGCCGCAACGCGCUGCAGUUGGCAGCACGAGGCAGCACGAUCGUUGCCACCCUGCAGCGGCUGGCCGCCCACAUCCCGGCUGAGUUUACGGCCCCGAGUAGAACACCGUAUGCAAGGCUCAUCUUCGACUUCCGCUACUUCAAGCACCAGGAUCAGAUCGAAACGAACAUCGCAGACUCGGCAGAGCUGCUAGUUAUGGACAAGGAAUUCUACGACACGCACAUGGGGCUGCUGGAGAAGUUCAUGGCGCUAUUUAGAGGCAUCUACGGCUACGCAACCGAGCUGAACCGCUACGUGCGCGAGAUCCAAGACGGCCAGUACGUGGCCCAGACGCUGGAUACGGUGCUAGAGUCCUUGGAUGGUCGACAGCUCCUCUGCGAGCUGUAUCACCUAUACGGUGUGAUGCUGCUCCUGAUGGACCACAAAAUUGGCGGCCUGGUGCGGGAGCGCAUCAUUGUGAGUUAUGUGCGGUACCGAGGCUCUGGGGAGGCGCACACGGUGGAGGUGGCGGAGCUGUGUCGAGCCACUAGUCAGGGUGCAGAUGGGGGUGCAGCGAUAGCCGGCAGCUCCGUCGAGCGGACGCCGGUGUCACCAAGGGCUGCCGCUGGUAGUGGUACUGGCAUCAGCAACUACCCGAUCGACUACUUUGAGCGCGUUCCGGUGCAGAAAGGCGUUGUAGCGCGACUGCUGGCCUGUAUUCGGUCCGACGACAUCUACCGCAUGUCCAGCCAUUACCCGAACCCAGACCACCGCAGCGCUGCCAUGGCACUGCAAGGCGGUAUCGCGUUCGUACUCCUCUUCUUCUGCGGCGACGUGCUGGCGCAGCAGCUGCCGGUGAUGAAGGAGUUGGUGGAGAAGCACUUUGCCGACAACUGGGUCGUUCACUACUACGGCGGGUACACGGCAGAUUUAUCUGUUGCCUGGGCAGCGUUUCCAGCAGCGCGCGCGGCGCUGCGGCGCACUCUUGAGUCGCACAGCGUCACCUAUCACUUGCAGCGCAUGCGUGGCGCGUUGGCACGCAGCACCGAGCGUGUGCAGGCAGUGCUGGAGGAGGGGAUGCUGACAGAGAACUAUGUCUUGGACAAUGUACACGCGUCGCUGUUGCCCAUCAUCACCGAAUCAAACGUGGUGCUGCGCUGGUUUGUGCUCCAAGGGGUGUGCUCCGCCUCAGCGUCAUCGCCGCCGGCGUCUCCGGUUUGCGGCGACCCCGAUGAAGCGAGUCUGCGCGCCGCCGCUUCUGCUGCUGGGCAGGCGGUGCGCGCCAGCUUUGAGAACGAUGAGCUUCUGACGCUCCUGCUGGCAACGGCGCAGCUGGAGCGAGACGUCUACUCGCGCUUCGCGGUAGUGCUGCAGGAGAAGACCGCGCGCUGGGCAGGCGCAAGGCGACAGGCGGUGUCGCGCGUGCAGAAGCUGUCGCACUUCUUCUCGGAGGACAACCUGCUCGACACGUCUGUGCACGACGCAGAGCUAGAGCGGUGGUUUGCCGAAGUCGGUGCUCGUAUCACCAACCUGCACAUGAAGCGGCAGAGCGCGAAGGCGACACGGCGCAAGUUGCAGCGGCUGGUGGCGGCGUUGGAGAACAUACAGGAGUUCGCCCAGGUGAACCAGCAGCUGCAGGUGCUGCAGUACGUCCGGGAGACGUGCGCAGACUUGCACCAGAUGCUGCAUUACCUGAACGCUGAGCGCCGUGUGCUUGGACGAUUCGCCACCGUGACUGACUUCAGCUAUGCGUGGGAGCUGCUCUCCGCACGCGGGUACCUCGUCCGCGAGCUGCAGGCCCGCAUUCGGCGGCAGCCAGUUGUAGCGGCGCAGAUGCAAGCACUCUUCGCGAAGCUCUCGUCGCUGCUUCAUCUGCCGUGCAUCCGCAUCGAUGAAGGCGUCGCCGUCACCGCCGCGAGUGCUCUGGGAGUCGACGUGCGGCUCGAGCGGGCGCUGCAGUUCACCUCUACCUUUUACUCUGAGGAAGUGGUUUCGUUUCUGCGAAGCGUUCUACAGGUGAUUCCGACCUCCAUCUUCGAGGUCCUGAACAAAGUCAUGUACCUCCUCACGAAUGCGUUGCGGGAGUGCCCAAGCAAGCUGCAGCGCGACGAGUGGAAGCGCUGGAGCCAGCUCGAGACGCGGGAGCAGCUGUGCGCGUGCACGGCCGACAUAGCCCGCUACGCAGCCGGGCUGCUGGCAAUGGAGGAAACGACGGUCGGUGUCGUGCGCGUCAACCCGCAUCAACUCCUGGAAGACGGCAUACGCAAGGAGCUCGUUGAGCACAUUACGCGCGAGCUGCACGCCGGCAUCUGGUUUGACCGGUCCAAGCCGUCCACCGUCGAGGACCUCGACAAGGAGCUGGUGCAGCUGGGGGCCCGGCUGCGUGGUGUGCGGAACUCCUUCGAGUACAUCCAGGACUUCGUUAACGUGCACGGGCUUAAAAUUUGGAUGGAGGAGUUUCAGCGCAUUGUCCGCUUCACCCUGCAGAUGGAAUGCAACGCCUUCUGGCCCAAAAAGGUGUACCCGUGGAGCUCGCCCUAUCAAUCCGCGAGCAUCACGAUCCCGCAUUUUGCGCCGGCGAACCCGAAGGAUGCAUAUAGCUUCCUCGGUCACCUGGUCCAGCACCUGCUGUACCUGACGGACCCGCGUGAGUCCAUCUACUUUCCUGCCUACGGUGCGUGGUUCACGCGGCGCCAGCUGUGUGAGUGCGUGGGGCCGCGCUUGUUUUCCCGCGUCGCCGAUGCGGUCGAUUGCACCGGGCUAGCCUGCCUCGACGAGCUCCUGAGCUCCAUCGCGACCAAGGACAUGCAGCUACUGGUGCAACGGCUUGCCGAGUCGGUGGCGUCGCUGGAGUCGGCACAACGCGGCGCUGUGCAGGAGGUCUGGGCGCGGUGUAUGCCCACCUCCUCGACUCCUGAGAAAGACGCGUUUUUGAAGGAUUAUGAUCAGCUGGCCUCCAUUCUCGAGGCGUCGGCAGCGGCGCAGGAGGUUGGGGUCGUUGCGAUGCGCCUUGGUCGCAUUGCCUUGAUUCGACAGCUAAUUGCUCACCAGCUGCGCUCGGACAGCAAACAAGACAGCUCUGCGCUGGUUGCGUGCACGCAGGCAGUCAACACCGCCGUCGUGGCAACCCUGAACAGCCACCUCGCCAAAGACCCGUUCGAAGCGAGGGCUGCCGGCUCCUCGCGAUCGUGCGCAGAUGUGUCGGAGGGGCUGGUGUGCGGAAUGGCGCCGCUGCUGAGCUCUGUCGGCCUCACAGACCCGUUCGCGACGGUGUACGAAGUUGCGGACGGGGGCGGGGGUGGCUCGCCCAGUGGUGACGACACAGCAGGUGAGUUCAGCUUUGGCGCACCUCCGCCUGCGCCAGCCACCGCUGGCAGCGGCGCGGCUCGCCCUGUCGCGGUACCGACGAAGUUGCCACUACCGCUCUUGGUCCUUCCGCUCUGCGUGGUGGUGCUGCUCCACGUGCAGAAGUGCACCUACAGCGCGCGCUUCGACAGCUGCAUUCCAGCGGAGAAGGAAGACGACGUGGACCCCACCGUGCUCGCUGUCGGCGUGGCGAUCCUACUGCAGCAGUUCCCGCUGGAGGCCACGCGUCUUCUUUUGCAGCUACUGGCACAGGUGGUGCGCGUGUCCAUCAUCGCCAGGACCCCGACACCGAAAGGGAAGGGCAAGGGGGCGGCGCCGCCGCUGGUGUGCCGCUGCGCCGACGCUCUCAUAAUGUGGAUAGAGGUUCUUCAAGGCUACCUCCCGCGGUACCCGGAAAGGGAGUGGUCGCAUGGGGUUCCACCCAGUGUUCCUGAUCGCUACGCGCAGGGCGUGUGA